AAUGAAAAGUAUAUCAGGAGUGUUAGUCAUUCUCCUUUUGAGUUAGAGUGUAUUUUGCAGCCCCAAAAAGAUCAAUACAGACUUUUUGAAUUUACUUAGUUCUAAAACAAAUGUCUUAAGUUCAUAAGAUGCCAUUCAAUCAGUGCUUACUUUGCUUGAAGAUCUGUAGGGUGCUAAUGUUGAAGCUCAAGAUAAGGCAGACCUUACCUUCUAACGCUUUGAAUCAGCCAUUUUAAAGGAUAUCAAUGAGUUCUCAGGAAUUGUUAAUGUUAAUUCAAAGAGUGCUGCUGCAGCCUAAUAAGACUUAGAAGCUGUUGAGUAUUUAUAUAUCUUAAAUAACUUUAAGUCUUAAGAUCCAAUAAACAACUGAUUACUUGAAUUGGAAUAACAAGCGAUAUAAGGCAAAUGAAGUUAAACUUGAAAAUCUAGCUGAAUAACGAUGUGAAGCUAAUGCUCUUUUCAUUGAUACACUUAGAGAAUAUAAAAAUGCUCUUUCAGUUCUUGAUUGGGUCAGAAGUGAUGCUCAAAGCAAAUAAAGUACUUUUGUAGAAAAGAAUCAUAUUGGAGAUUAUGCAGAAAAAUUGAGUAAGUAUGCAAACUUGUUUGAAGAGCAAGCUGUUUAAGAUUUUGUUAAAUUAGGUGAAGAAUAAAAUUCAUUUGCAUAAACAAGUAAUUUUCAAUUUAUUAUUUUAAGGAUCCCAUGGUAAUGGAGAAUAAUUGGCUUCAUUAGUAGAAAAAGAUGUAGUUGGAAUCAUUCAAUAAUUAAUUGAAAAGUUGAGAGAAACAAUUAAAAGUUUAGAAGAAUAAGAAAUCUUAUCUGCCAAUGAUUUUGCUGAUUUCAAAACAAACUUACUUGCUGAAUAAGAAUCUCUUAAAUAAGAAUAUGAUGCUAAGGCUAAAUUCUUGAACUCACUUUAAAAUGAUAAGGAAUUGGCUUCAGAUAUAUUAACUAAGAAAAAGGAAUUAUAAGAAUAAAGCAUGAGAAUCUUAAGUUUGACAUAAGGUAAUAAUUAAUUAACAUUCUUUUUUAGAGGAAUACAAUUACAAAAAGAAAUUGUACAAUUCUGAAAAAGAGAAGAGACAUGAAGAGAAUUAAUUAUUAGAGGAAUCUCUUUUAAUUUAUAGAGAAAAGAUAGCAACAGUUAAUGAAUAUUUGAAAAAGAGAGUUAAUGAAUAUGUAGGUGAAUCCCUUAUUGAAGAACAUGCAGUUAGUAAUCAAGCACCAGUUCAAAAUAGAAAGGGAAAAUAAUGAAAA